UAUCAUGGCGUUUUCCAAAUCUAUCCAGAAGAUUCAGGCUCCAAUGUCCUGUCAGUUGUGUGAAGAAUCCAGUGAGAUAAAAUGGAAGUGUUUAAAAUGUAACUUUCUUUUGUGUACAAAAUGCUAGAAACUUCACCUUAAAGUUAAAUCCACGGACAAGCAUGUUAUAAUAGAUAUAAAAGAUAUUGCCAACUACCACCAGCAAGCAAAGGAAAGUGUGGAUUUUAGUAAUAUACCAUGUGAAUUUCAUAUUGGACAAAACUGCUGUUUAUUUUGUCUGGACUGUGAGGAAGUUGUCUGCCCUUUGUGUAUUGCUAAAACUCACAACAAGCAUAACAUGAUUGAAUUAGAUGAAGGAUAUAAGUUUACUAUAAAUAAAGUUGAAACUAUGAACUCUGACCUUGAAGAGUUGUUAUUAGAUAAUGUUAUAAGACUUUCUAAAUUAGAGUCUCUGAAAUCUUCUGAAAGCUCAAAAUAUAAAUCUGAGAAGCUGGAAAUUCUAAAUCAAGAUCAAGUUUUAAAGAAUGAAGUUGACAAGCAUACUAAGAAACUUUUAAAUGAUCUUGAAGAAAGAUGGGAAACUCUGAAGUUAUCUUUAAAUGAAGAAGAAAACAGAUCACAGAAGAUUAACAAAGAAAUACAACUUAGGAACAAAAACUUAUACCAAGCCUUACAUUCAAACGAUGCUAAUGAUGUCUUCAAUAAAUUAAAGGGAGAAAAAAUAAACCUAAAACACAGGACAGUGAACCCAACAUUUAAAAGACUGCCACAGUAUGUACCACAAAAACAUCCAAUUUUAAUUGCACAGCAUGGAGAAUUAAUUGACUUCAAGGAUGAAAAAUUACAGGAUGAAUUUAUUUUUAAAGUUAAACAGCAAUAUAAAACUGGAUUAAAUUUUGUUGAAAAUUUAGUGUGCUGUGAUCAUGGAAUGCUAUGGAUAGACUAUGGGAAGGGUAAAACCUUACAGAAAGUACAACCUAUCAACCAAUCAAUAAAUGUCAUCAAAAACUUAAAUAUGGAAAUAUCUGAUAUGGCUCUGUUACUAUAUGGUGGAUUACUGCUAUGCACAAAAGAACCUGAACUAAAAAUAUUUCAAAAUAGAACUUCAGAAGUUGAAGAUACAAAAUACAGUGUAGCCCCACUGAUAUGUAUCUCUGUCCAUGUAUCAAUGGGAAAUAAAAUAAUAGUGGGUGCUAGAAAUGAAGGAGAAAGGGCAUUCCCUGUCAGUGGUCCGAGGAAGGUCAUUGUGAUGGAUUUGGAUGGAAAGAAAGAGAAAGUUUAUCACUUAAAUAGUAAUGGGAAACCUAUAUUUUCUGUUCCUAGACGAAUAACUUCUGAUAAUGAUGAUAACAUUUAUGUCAUAGACAUUCUGUCAGAAAAAGAUUGGCGUGGCAGGAUAGUGGCAGUAAAUAAUUCCAAUGGAGUGAAAUGGGUAUAUAAAGGUCAUCCAGAUAUGAAAAUAGAACAAAUAUUUCAACCUAAUGAUUUGGUUGCUACAAAAUCAAACAAUAUCAUAGUCACAGAUGAUCAAAAUCAUAUGUUUCAUAUUCUUAAUAAAGGACAAUGCAUCCGUUACUUAGAAGCAGAAGAGUUUGGUAUCAACCUUCCUUCGUCUUUAGACAUUGGUAUUGAUGGUCUUUUGUACAUUGGCUGUGGAACACAAGAAGAAGAACCAGCAGAAGCCAAAAUUUUUACUGUUGAAUUUUCUGGAUUCUGA